CAUGUCUGCGCCCACAAAGUACAUGUGAUGUGACACUGUCACUAGUUGUUGUUAACAAUUUAUUAACGUGAACACGUGUUUGUUGAUUUAAUCAAACCCAUUGAAUAAUUAUACAUAAUGAAGAAUGUGAGCUCAGUCCGGAAGAAAGGAGAUCUAAAAGCACAGCCCAAAAAGAAAAAGAAUUCGAGGUUUAGGAAGCGAAAUAUAGAAGAUGAACCUUUAAAAUUUGUAAAACUAAAUGAUGAUGGAAAUUUUGGAUUUCCAUCUUCUGCGACACCAUCCUCCAUCAAAAUGAGUGGUAGUGUAUCAGCUGACUUGGGUGAAGACAAUGUGGAUAAUGAACCAGACACAAGAAAACUAGUAGAAGCGAUGAACAGAAAGAAAAAGAAAUCGGGUGGUUUCCAAUCAAUGGGUCUAAGCCAUCCAGUUUUCAAAGGUGUAAUAAGGAAAGGCUACAAAGUGCCAACCCCAAUUCAAAGAAAGUGCAUGCCUGUAAUCAUGGAGGGUAAGGAUGUUGUUGCUAUGGCACGAACUGGCAGUGGGAAGACCGCAGCCUUCCUCAUACCAAUGUAUGAGAAGCUGAAGGUGCACAAUGCACAGGCAGGGAUGAGGGGAAUCGUACUGUCGCCAACCAGGGAAUUGGCUUUACAGACCUUGAAGUUUACAAAAGAGCUUGGGAAAUAUACCUCUUUGAAAAUUGCUUGUAUCCUUGGUGGCGACAGCAUGGACAAUCAGUUUGCUGCUAUUCAUGCCAAUCCAGACAUUAUGAUUGCAACUCCCGGAAGAUUUCUGCACGUUCUCAUGGAGAUGGAUCUCAAGCUGGGUGCGGUGGAAUAUAUCGUAUUUGAUGAGGCUGAUAGACUUUUUGAGAUGGGUUUCGCGGAGCAGCUGAGAGAGAUCCUGAGCCGGCUUCCGGAGUCUCGGCAGACGCUGCUCUUCUCGGCGACGCUGCCCCGUCUGCUGGCGGAUUUUGCGCGCGCAGGCCUCAGCGAUCCUGUGCUCAUUCGCCUCGAUGUCGACACAAAACUUAGCGAACAGUUAAAGCUGGCAUUCCUGCAGUGCAGAGAGGAGGAUAAGACUGCUGUGUUGCUGCACCUUCUUAAGAACGUUCUACAGCCCUCGGAACAGACUGUCAUAUUCGUUGCGACAAAGCACCACGUGGAGUACCUGAAGGAGUUACUCUCUCAAGGCCGGCAUCGAGUGGGCGUAGGUGUACAGGCUCGUCGACCUUCCCUGCAUCUACUUGCAUGGCCACGCGCAACUUUCGGCGGGCAAGGCGAAGGCCUGUUUGUGCACAGAGUAGGGAGAGUCGCGAGAGCGGGAAGGAGCGGCACGGCGUACUCGCUGGUAGCAGUCGACGAGGUUUCGUACGUGUUGGACCUGCAUCUGUACCUAGGACGACCCAUGAAUUACGCCAGCAGCAAGACAACACAGAGCCACGAUGCUGUUUAUGGAACCAUACCACAAAGUAUCAUAGAUGAACACAAUGACCACAUAAGAACAUUGCACGAUGGAUCCGAUUUGGAUAGCAUGAGGAAAGUUUGCAAGAAUGCUAUGCAACAGUACCUCAAGUCCAGACCACUCGCUUCUGUGGAGUCGUCGAAACGGGUGAAAGAAGAAGUAUAUGAUCGACUUAUUCACGUUCACCCUGUAAUCGCAACUGGUGAGCUUGAUAUGGAAGAAGACAAAUGUAAACUGCUGAACAGCAUGAGGCAAUAUAGGCCAAAAUCUACGAUAUUUGAAGUGAAAUCUCAUGCAAAGUCGGCCAACUAUCAGAUGAUGAAGGCCAAGAGAGAUCAGCAUUCGACUGCAAUCCGGAGAAACAAGCUGAAACAAGAGCACAAACUAAGUAAUCAGAUACAGGAGCUGGCAGAGGACGAACGUACCAAAAGACAAGAGAUGAGUAGUGAUGCAGAUAUACAGAACACAUUUGUACGCAUCGUUGCUCCUAAAGGAUGCAGAGACGGGUUUGACUAUGGGAAAAAGGAGAAGAGACGACGAUUUGGUGUUAAAGAUGAUGAGUUUUACAUACCAUACAAAUCGGCAGAUGCAAACUCCGAGAAAGAGCUGGGCGUAGACAACAGUGGCUUUGAUCAUCAGGCAGCAAGUGCCAUGUUAGAUCUGACAGCUGAUGACGAAUCACAGAUGAGAAAAUCCAACAGCCAACUCGUCUGGGAUCGUAAAAAGAAGAAGUUUGUGCAGCAAGGCUCGACGGAUCCCAACAAAAAGAAGGUCAAGACUGAGAGUGGCUCACUGAUUCCAGCCACGUACAAGACGAAAAAAUACCAGGAGUGGUUAGAGAAGAACAAAGUUGCCCACCAGGACAAUGAUGACGAUGACGACGACGACGACGACGAAAAACCCCAUAGCUGGAAGUCUGGCAACAAGUUUAAAGGAGGAAGAGGAGGAAAGUCUCAGGGUAAUGCACGGGAUGGCCAGCCUUUCAAUUCAAGAACAAAGAAAAAUCACUUGCAGAAGCAGGGUAAGGGAGGAGCACAGCGUGGUAGUGGGAGACCAGAGCGCGGUACAGGAAGAAUACAGCAAGGAAAUCAGGGACUGGUGCGGGGCAGUGACAGGCCACAAGGGAGCAAGAGGAGGCCACCGAAACGUGAGCUAAAGACCAGGGAUGAGAUAUUCAAAGAUAGGAAACGUAAAGCACAAGUGCAGAGCUUACAGAAGGGCAGGGAGAUGCGUAAGAAGCAGAGGAAUUCACAGCCGAAAAAGAGGAGGUAGCUGUACCAUGUCUAACGUGGUCAUAAUAUAUACUCAUUGAAACACAGUCAACGCAUGUGCCUAGGAAUUCUUUUUGGCUUAUGAUACCACAGUGCAGGUAGUAAUAGGAUGUACUCAUAAUACACUCAACAUGAGAUUGGAUUCUCACAUGUGCGGUAUUAUUGCGACAGACUACCAACUAGUGUUAGCGUAUACAAAUUAUAUUCUGUGUAUGUUGCACAUUUCCGAUAUGCUGCUGUCCUGGAAACAUGAUGAUUACCAUUGAUUUAUGAUUUCCAAUUAAUAAAUAAACAGUAAAUGAUUUGUAAUAAUA